CCACCUUCCAGAGAAACAUCUGUAGCAUCCAUGAGCCAAACAAGUGGUGGUGAGGCAGGUUCGCCUCCUCCAGCUGUAGUUGCUGCUGCUUCGCCAUUCAGAGACAGGCAUCGAGUGGUGGGUUGUGUGACAGUGUCUGUCAAUAGUGAAGACAAAUAGUGCCAGAGACACUUAACCCAUCCAAUCUCACCCAGGGUAUAGGAUUUGCCUCUGAAGCAGGGAGUGUCUGCAUUAAAAAUGACCUGUAGUUCUCUGCUUCAUAGAUGCUUCUUCAGCUCCUUCCUCUUCCUCCAUGGGCGGUGCUUGCAGCUCCUUUACCACCUCUUCCAGUCCUACCAUUUACUCUACCUCAGUCACCGACAGCAAGGCUAUGCAAGUGGAGAGCUGCUCCUCAGCCGUGGGGGUAAGUAACCGAGGGGUAAGUGAAAAGCAGUUAACCAGUAACACGGUCCAGCAGCAGCAGUCAACGCCGAAGAGACACACAGUGCUGUACAUCUCGCCACCACCUGAGGACUUGCUGGACAACAGUCGGAUGUCCUGCCAGGAUGAGGGGUGUGGAUUGGAAUCAGAACAGAGCUGCAGUAUGUGGAUGGAGGAUUCACCCUCCAACUUCAGUAACAUGAGUACCAGUUCCUACAAUGAUAACACUGAGGUGCCACGUAAAUCACGCAAACGAAAUCCAAAGCAGAGGCCAGGGAUCAAACGCCGAGAUUGUGAAGAGUCCAACAUGGAUAUAUUUGAUGCCGACAGUGCCAAAGCGCCUCACUAUGUCCUUUCUCAGCUCAGCACGGACAGCAAAGGCAACUCAAAAGCAGGAAAUGGAGCGUCGGAGAGCCAGAAAGGAGCUGGAGGGAAGAAGACCCCAAUGUUGUGUGGUCAGUAUCCAACCAAAAGUGAGGGGAAGGAGCUGAAGAUAGUGGUGCAGCCGGAAACCCAGCACAGGGCUCGUUAUCUGACUGAAGGCAGCCGAGGCUCAGUGAAAGACCGGACACAACAAGGUUUUCCAACUGUAAAGCUGGAAGGUCACAAUGAGCCGGUGGUGCUGCAGGUGUUCGUGGGAAACGACUCCGGCCGAGUGAAACCGCACGGCUUCUACCAGGCCUGCCGAGUUACUGGGAGAAACACCACUCCCUGUAAGGAGGUGGAUAUCGAGGGCACGACUGUUAUUGAGGUGGGACUGGACCCUAGCAACAAUAUGACACUUGCGGUUGAUUGCGUGGGAAUACUGAAGCUGAGAAAUGCUGAUGUCGAAGCUAGAAUAGGGAUUGCUGGUUCCAAGAAAAAAAGCACACGUGCCAGGCUGGUAUUUCGUGUUAACAUCACUCGGAAAGAUGGUUCCACAUUGACUCUGCAGACACCUUCUUCCCCAAUUCUGUGCACUCAACCAGCAGGAGUUCCCGAGAUCCUAAAGAAAAGCCUGCACAGCUGUUCGGUGAAGGGUGAAGAGGAAGUUUUUCUAAUUGGCAAGAACUUUCUAAAGGGAACGAAAGUGAUUUUCCAAGAGAAUGUUUCUGAUGAAAAUUCUUGGAAGGCAGAAGCUGAAAUAGACAUGGAAUUGUUUCAUCAGAAUCACCUUAUUGUGAAAGUGCCACCGUAUCACGACCAGAGAAUAACCUCAGCUGUUUCUGUGGGAAUUUACGUGGUGACCAAUGCUGGGCGAUCGCACGAUGUGCAGCAAUUCACCUACACUCCAGAUACGUCAGCUGGUACUCUGAAUGUUAAUGUGAAGAAGGAAAUCUCCAGCCCAGCCCAACAUUGUUCUUUUGAAGAGGCUAUAAAAGCCACCAGUUGUAAUCUGGAGAAGGUAAAUAUUCUUCCUAGUGCCUUGAUAACUCCACUCAUGCCAAGCAGUAUGAUUAAGAAUGAAGAUGUGUCUCCAAUGGAAGUAAGCGCAGAAAAAAGAUCUCCCCCUGUUUUCAAGGCUUCGAAAGUAGUUGGACCAACUCAGCAAACAUUAGAAAGCAGUAUUCCUGGCAUACCAACUUCUGCUUCCCAUUUACCUUCUGAAAAUGAAAAGCAGCAACAAAUACAGCCUAAGGUUUAUAAUCCAGAGACUCUAACUACUAUCCAAACGCAGGACAUUACCCAGUCUGGUAGCUUUUCAUCUGUCUCUACUCCAGGUCAGCUGCAGAACAGUGACACGUUACUGCAGCAAGCUGCACAGUUCCAAACAAGAGAUUCCCAAACCAGAGAAGUCUUGCAGUCAGAUGGCACAGUAGUCACUUUGUCACAAUUAACUGAUGCUUCACAACAACAACAAUCUACACUACCAGAACCAGCGCAGGCGUUACAGCAACAGAUUUCAUCGAGUAUUUUCUCGUCAGCGAGUGGUGUGAGUCAGCUGCAGAACACUAUACAGCAAUUGCAGGCUGGAAAUUUUCCAACUAACACUGCCACAGGCAGCAGUAGAAAUGUAGACUUGGUGCAGCAGGUACUGGAAGCUCAACAACAGUUAUCUUCUGUUUUAUUUUCUGGGUCUGACAGUAAUGAGGAUGUUCAAGAUCAGCUAAAUGCAGAUAUCUUUCAGCAAGUUAGUCAGAUACAAAAUAGUGUAAAUCCUGGGAUAUUUUCCUCGUCAGAUACAGCUGUCCAUUCCAGACCAGAGAACCUUUUGCCUGGAAGAGGUGAAAACGUUCAUUCACAAACUGAAAAUACAUUGUCCAAUCAGCAACAGCAACAACAGCAACAACAGCAGCAGCAGGCAAUGGAGACUUCUGCAGCAAUGGUGAUAGGAAUCCAGCAAAACAUUUGCCAGGCUGCUACACAGAUGCAGUCCGAUUUGUUCUCUUCAACAACUUCAGGGAAUGGAGCCCUCCAGCAGUCACCUGUUUACCAGCAGGCUUCUCAUAUAAUGAGUGGGUUAUCAACGAGUGAGGACAUGCAAAUGCAGUGCGAAUUAUUCUCUUCAUCUCCUGGUGUUUCUGGAAGUGAGACUAAUUCUACUGCUCAGCAGCAGGUCUCCAACAAUGGACCUGCUAUAUUUCAGGCAUCAAGUUCUGCAGAUGGAGAGGAAGCUUCAGGACAGAGUAAACAGAUGCAAAGUUCUGUAUUUCAGACCAUGGUUCAAAUGCAGCACAGUGGAGAAAGUCAAUCUCAAGUUAAUCUCUUUUCAUCUACCAAAAACAUGAUGACUGUUCAGCCAAGUGGAGCUCAGCAGCAAGGAGGAGGUCUGUUCCAGCAGGGCGGAGAAAUCAUGUCUAUUCAGCCUGCCAACUUUAUGCAGCAAUCUCCACACUCGCAGGCUCAGCUUUUUCACUCUCAGAAUCCUAUUGGUGAUACUCAGAAUAUAUCACAGGAAACACAGGGCUCCAUUUUUCACAGUCCAAAUUCCAUUGUCCACAACCAGACCAAUGCUAAUUCGUCAGAUCAAUUGCAGCCUCCAAUGUUCCAUUCACAGAGCACCAUGGGUGUAUUACAGAGCUCUUCAGUUCCUCAAGACCAGCAGUCUGCCAACAUGUUCCUUUCUCAGACUCCAAUUAGCAACCCAGCAACUCAAGAAGAGCAGAUGUCAUUCUUUACAAACCCAAAUUCCAUUUCUCCUCUUCAGGCAGCAGCAAACACUGAGCAACCAACUUCUUUCCAACAACAGACACAGAUAUCUCAUAUCCAGAGUUCUAUGCUUCCCCAGGAACAGCCACAGACUCAGCCAGCUCAGCAAGGUUUGUUUCAGCCUCAAGUACCAUUAGGCUCCAUCCAGUCUAGUUCAAUUCCCCAGAACCAACAAGGAGCUAUCUUCCAGCCUCAGCAUUCAAUAGUUGCUAUUCAGAGCAGUCCUCCGUCUCAAGAACAGCCACAGCAGCAGCAACAGAACAUGAUGUUCAGUAAUCAAAAUGCAAUGAGUACGAUUGCUUCUCAAAAGCAAAACAUGAUUUUUAACCCAAACCAAAACCCUGUUACUAAUCAGGAACAACAGGGCCAGUCCAUUUUUCAUCCACAGACUAACAUGGCGCCAAUAAACCAGGAACAGCAGCCCAUGCAAUUCCAGAGUCAAACUACAGUGUCUUCUCUACAGAAUCCUGGAUCCAGCCAGGCUGAAGCACAGCAGCCAGCCAUCUUCCACAACUCACCCCAGAUUCAGCUGGUCCAAGGGUCACCAAGUUCUCAAGAGCAGCAGGUCACCCUUUUCAUCUCUUCAGCUUCCAUGUCUGCCUUGCAGAACAGUAUGAGCCAGCAAGAUCUGCAGCAGUCUCCAAUGUACUCUUCUCAAAACAGCAUGGCAGGAAUGCAAGGAACUGCUUCUCCUCCACAGCAGCAAGCUUCUUUAUUUCAUAACACAGCAGGAGGUGCUAUCAACCAGCUGCAGAAUUCUCCUGCUUCAUCUCAGCAGACUUCAGGAAUAUUCCUGUUUGGCAUUCAAAACAACUGUAGCCAGCUGCUGCCUUCUGGACCAGCUGCACUGCCUGAUGAGUUGAUGGCUAUCAGUCAGCCAGGUCAGCCACAGAGCGAGGGACAAGCAGCAGUGCCAGCGCUUCUCUCCCAGCAGAUACCUGAGACUUCUCCAUUACCUUCAGCUAUGGCACCCAGUCAGAAUAUUGAGAAAAUAGAUGAUCUGCUUGUUUCACUGCAAAACCAGGGGAACAAUAUGACCGGCUCAUUUUAGUUAGGCAAAAAUUCUGAGAAGAAAGAGGUGAUGACUUCCUGGAUCCUCUCAGACCUUGUGACUCUGGAUUAGGCAGCGUGGAACUGAUUGCUUCUGUCAAAAAGUGGCCCUCUUUUCUAAAGAGCACAUAUGUGGCCAGUUGCAGUGUCUAGCACCUAAGGCUAUGACUGUAUUAUUUGAGAUUCAAGAUUCAUAGUGCCAAUAAUGCUGAAAAGCUAUGCUUUGUUUUACGAGGGCAUAGGAUUGUACUGUUACCUGACUCCUAAUGCCCGCCGAGAGUGGCAUGCUCUUUGAAUUUAAAGCAUAUCUGGUCAGUUAUUAUUGUUCUUAGAAGGUAAUACAUACUACCGUGUUUACUUCAUUUUUCCCCCUUCUCUUCCUUCUUCACAUCCCCUCUUUUGACUAGAAAAGCUAGUGAAGCAGAAACAUCAAAUACCCAUGACAUAAAUCAUGACUCGUAGCUGUCAGUAAGUGAAGGGACUGGAUGUUUUACAGUUAAGUGGGAGAGCUAAUACUCUGAUUUAUUAACUGCAGUAGGGGGCAAUGAAAAUAUUGACACACAUAACAAAUGAGCAGAGAAUUGCUUGCUGCUGUAGUUAGCUGACAGAGGUGCUUCCCAUCUAAGAACGUGAUUAACGGUUAUCUGUGUCUCUUACAUCUAACUGUAAAUAGAGCAAGGGUUUGGUGGCUCUAACAAAUUGAAGAAACAGAGGGGAGCUUUCAAUUAAAUUAUGCUCUAAAAAACUUAACCUCUUAAAUACCUUCAGCUUGAAAAGAACAUUCUGCCUGGCUGACGAAACAACUCCUUUUGGUCUCCCAUGCUGACCGUAUGGGUCAGAACGAGUUGAAGCUGCAUUUCUCAUUCUCAGACUCCUUUUUUCUUUUUUGUUCUUUUUAUGUUUUUCCUUCUCUCUUCCUCAGUUUCGUAUUAUGUUUUUGGAAGCGUUAGAAAUAUCCUGCUCUCUUUCAAGAUCAGAAGCAGCUUUUAGGAGUCCAUGGCACCAACUCUCAUGCUGUUAAAAAACUCUUGUGCUUGGACAAACAGGCGCCGAGAAAUAAAGAUUAAGGAAAGAGGAAGCAAUUUUUCUGCAUCCCUUCAAAUGUGGGAAUCCCCCUUCACCAGUUGCUUUCCAGCUGUUGCUGUUGUAAAUCUUCUGUUUGACUUUCCUCCAAAUGGGGGAAAUUAAGUCAUUUUUACACGUUCUUGAAAAUUUCACUUUAUCCCGAGCUGUUGCAUCUUUGUAGCUCAUUGCAAAUUUGAAGUGUUAUUUUCCUCCUGACAGUCCCCUAGGCACAGCUUCUAGAUUGUCGGACAUCGACUCGUUACAGAAUGUAAAGCCAACCCACUCCAAACCAUGCAGUUGUGUUGUGAGGCAUGUGAAUUUUUGGGUGCUCCAACUGUCCAGAAGGUUUUGUGAUAUCUCACUACAGCCUCAUUCGGAUAUUUGUUUCUUCUCCUUCUGCACGUAGAAAGCUGUUAAUGCAGUUAGAGCCAAACAGCUGUCAUGUAUGGCUAUUAUGCCUCGGUAUAGUGUAGUUGAUACCAUGUCAUAUUUCAUUUUUGUUAUUUUAAAUAACAAAGAAUAGUCUGUAAAUGGUUUUUAAGUUACUUUAGUCUGUUUACUGUGUUUUUUCCCUAACUUGUGUGCUUAGUUGAGCCGUGUAGAGUUUUUGUUUGUUUUAAUGGUUUUUCCUGUUUGUCGGUCUGUCAUAACGUUCAUUUUCUCUUUCUGUCUCUCUUUCUCUCUCUCAUUGAGAGGCAUUGAAUUACGUUUUCAGUAGUAAGGCUUCUUGCCGAUAUGAAGGGAACUUUUCAGAAAGAGACCUGCUCUGGGUCAUUUAAUUUUGAAUACAGUUUUCAAUCGUUCAAGUUUUGGAUGGUUUAUAUCUAAUGUGUGUUUCAUUUUUUUGGAAAGCUAUAUUUUGUAUUUAGGAAAUGGUAUACUAUUUUGCUAUUUGUACUGAGUGAGUACAUUGGCAUAAAUAUAAAAAUUUAUAUAUAUACAUAUAUAUAAAAUAUUCUUUUUGCCACACAUUUUUGUGGUAAAUUUGUGAGUUUGUCUGAUGUUCUACCACAACGUGGCGUCUGAUAACAGUGGGUGGGGUGGGGUUUGUUAUGUCUUUAUUGAGUAUUUAAGUACCUUUUGCAACAUAAAUAACUUGUUCAUCUCUCGCCAUUCCAUCAGGCAGUGUAUUGUUCCAGCUGGCUAUGAGAAGCUUCACCGUGUGUGUUGGUGUCUGUCACUCAGCAGUUCAAUCUAGUACAGAAACCCGUAGGCAUGUAGGUGUAGAGCGGAUAACGGGGUUUCGUUCAGAAUGAGCCAUUCAGCUUUUAUCCUCUAUCGUUGUCUAUUUAAUAUUUUAUUAUUAGUGCCUCUAUGUUUUAACUUUUAAUUUAUGAUUAUGCUAAAACGUUUAAAAUUUUAAUCACGAUAAAAAGAAUUCCCUGCUUCGUACUGCCCAGAGCUGCUUUAUAACCCUGAACCAUACUUUUUCUUCCUGUGAUUUAUAUAUAUAUAUUUUUCUGCUAAGAGCAAAUAUUAAUAAAACCCUAUUAUGGUUCAUGACAUGAAAAUAGCAACCUCGCAGAACUAAAUGCUAGUUGAGGAUGCGUAGAAGACUGAGAAUUGUGGACCGAAACAGCUUCCAGAUGGUUGUGAAAGUCGAUAGCCAGUUACCUACAGAUGAGCUGGUGGCUUUGCAGGAUCCCAGUCCCAGGACAAACUGUCGGGUGUCAUCUGGGGCCUUCAUACACAGAAGAAGUAAUAGGAAUGACACAUUCACUUGUAUGCUGCUUCAGUUUGUUCCAUUGUUUUGAAGGGUGUAUCCUUUUGUUGAAGUGGUGUUGGUCAGUGCCAAGUCACCAGGGACCAAUUUUCCAAUUAAGAAGUUGGGUGUCCAAAAGAGAACUUUAUACCAAGACUGCUACAGCUCCAGGGGAGGGGUAUGUUGGAACUGUGUGCUUAUUUUAGAUGGCUUAUUUAAAAAGAAAAAAGAAAAAGAGGGGAAAAAAAAAGGGCUGUGCUAUCACAUUUUUCACUUUUGGAUAACACCUUUCAUUUAUUGUGUUUAGAUUUAUCUCGUUUCAUUUUAGGUCAAUGUUUAAAUGUACAACACUUUGAACAUGUGAUUUGGUUACAAAAGCUAUUUGUCUUAUGAAGGAAAAGAUUGCUCAGUGGUUGAUUAGUGCUGGAAAUGCUGCUUGCAAACAGCUGUAACGAGGGCUUUGAUAAGCCAACAACGAGCGUGGGCAGCCUGCAGGAUUUCAUGGCAGAAAGAGACGAGAGCAGUGUGAGCUGCAUCGGUAUGCCAUCAGAGUCCUGAACAUUAAUGACAACCAGUUGAUAUUGAUAAUUGGAGCUUAUUCUGCGUUUUUAACCUCUUUGUUUACUCCUCUGCAUGUUGAUGCCGAUGUGCCUGUUAGACUGAGGGCAGGUGGACGCUGGCAUGGAGCUGAGAGGUAGUGGUAUCACAUCUAAUCCAUUUUGCUGGAGAAAGUUGGAAGAUACUGAGACAUUUAGUCUGAUCAUUUGAAGUUCCUAGCAUUAUUGUAAAAAAAGAACUCGCCAUCAUACGCAAGGCAGCAGUUAAAUGCAAGAAAUGUUACUAGGUGGAAAGUGGAAAAAAAAAGAACUGUGUUGCUCUGAUGGGUUUUCUGUGUUUGUUUGCUGCUUGAGCUCUCUCUGAAGGCAUCUGAGCCUCCGUCCUCAACGUGGGCUGUUCCUCCAGUUGUAGAUGCCUCUCUGCUGUCUCCCAGUGCCUAUAUACCUGAUGGCUUACAGAACAGAGAUUUAUUGGCACAGAUAAAAAGCUACAGAGGUGUAUCUGCUAACCACCAGCCUUGGGCUCAUGUCUGCCUGUACCUUGUUUCACAAGUAAAAAGAAACAACAAACAAAACUUUGUAUGAAAAGCAUAAUACACAAAGGAAUGAGCUCACAUCUGGCAGGAAGUUAUUGGUGCUUUGUGCUCCAUUAGCAACUCCAGCUUUUUUUAAUUAGAAUUGCCUCUUUGCUGCUUACUCUUCCAGCAGUUUAUGAAGCCCAGUGCUUUGCUAUUUAACAUCAAAAUAGCUCAAGAAACAAUUCCAACCGUACUGCUUCCAAGUAGAGGUUUAAUCACCAGCUGUUCCAUUAUGUGUGCGUGUGUGUAUACAUAUAUAUGUAUGUGUGUGUGUGUGUGUGUAUAUAUAUAUAUAUAUAUAUAUAUGUAUAUUACUUUUUUACUAUCGUGGACAGUAAUUCAGUUUUAAGAUAGAAUGAAACAUCAAUAAACUUUUGUAAAUUGAGCAGGCUUUUUUUAAUCUGGAAACAUUGAGCACCUGGCAGCUGCCCUGAUGGGUAUUGCCCUGGUUUAGGUAAUGGGAUCAAAAGGAAAGAUUGGUGAUAUAAUUUAUGAUGUAGUUUCUAAAAAUAAAACUCAUCUGAACAGAUUUUUCAUUCAUUUCUAGAGUCUUCAGAAAGAAUAUCAAACAAUUGAGAAGCCUGUGUUUGACUCGAAGGAAAUUUUAAAUCACAGGUUGAGUAGGAUUUUGGCUUAUUUAAAAUCAAAAUCAGAAGUUUUUAUUGGACUAAAGCUAAGCAUAGUUCCUGCCAAACGUGCACGUUCAUGAAGAGCUGGUAAGGACUUUCCUAAGGAUUGCAGACAUACCUGAGCGACAGAAGCGAGAGGGAGGAGAAUGAGUUGUUUUGCAUGCGCUCAACUGUGAGGUGUAGGUGGGAGGUGCUCGUUUGUUCUGGGGGGUUGUCUCUUUGAUUUGGAGUAGUCUUUUGGGAUAGAUCGAGAGUGCUUCGUGUUCACAUUCGGGCCGAUUGCAGUGGCUGUGUACGGCAGCGGUCAGCUGAGGGGUUACACAGGAGGGGCUUUUCCUUUCGUACAGUCAGCGUAGGUGUGUAAAUAGGCAAUGCCUGUAUAUUCUAGGAUUGUAUGUAUGUAUAUAGAGGAGUCGUAUAUCUGUUAUAAAUAGUCAGUAGACACGUGUAGAGUACUGCUGUAUUUACAUUUUUAUUACCUUGAAAUUAUACUCAUUUUUUCGUAUUUCCUGAGGUUUUCCAGCAGCCCCCUGGUAGCUGUAGAACACCUUUCAGUACUGUACGUGUGGCACCGUUGGUAGCGUUGCUUCAGAAGCCAUCUCUGCUUUUGAAGGUCACUCAUGUCUGUGGGGUUAAAGUGGCUGUUGAAAUCAGCUAUACAGUUUUGUAUUUUUGUAUAUUUUUAUUGAUAGUUGCAAACGUGGUGUGAACCGACAGCAGUGGCGGGUCAGCCCACAGGACAGGCGCUGCAGCAGCGCACACUUCCUGCACCCUUGUGUGCUCUGUGUGCUCUCCCAGAGCAGCUUGGCCAGAGCUGCUGCCAGCACUGCUUCCUGUCUGUGCCUCUGAGCAGCUCCUGCAGGCACGGAGCAGUGGUGCGUGUGCUCAGCUGAGCUGACACCAGCAGUGUUCUUACAGCGGGGUUAUGAAUCGUUGCCUAGCAAGGGAUAUCGGCGCUGCUCAGCGUGGGUUGCGGUUGGGUCAUGCUGCUGAGGCUUAUUCUGUAGGCAUUCGUCUUCUCUUUGCUCCGAUUCUUGCAUGUAAGGGGAGCAUCUCUAAACUUGUUUUUAUUUUUGAAGUAGUUGCUAUCUGGAGCGCUGUCUCCUUGGAGCCCUGUGAAAGCUCUCCCCACUUCCUCCCCAUGGGGAAUACUGUCCUGACCCGUACCAAUUUCCUGCAGGUUGUCUGAGAAGUCGAGCUCCCUAAAAGGAAACCCAGAUUGUAAACUCAGCAGUGUGUGCUUUGUCCACCAUGACUCCUCAUGCCAAAUCUGAUGGACUCCACUUCAGUUUGGCAUGAGGUUAAUCAGUAAACGUCGUUGUCCUGGUGCAGGUGUUGUCAAAGCAUCUCUGCUAUCCUCAUUUCUUCUCUCUGAGAUGAUUUCCACUGCUUCUGGAGACGGAGAUCUGUAGCUUUUGCUAUCACAAUUGAUGAAAUUGCUCAUAACAUAUCAGUGUACUGGGACGAGGUGAGGAACAAGAGGAUUUCACUGCCCCUUGAGGAAUACUCACCGAAAUUCUUUGCAAGUGCUCAGUUUAGCCUCCAAAAUUUCAGUACUUAGCCCACUGAAGGCAUUGUGUGCAUUAGUUGUAGUUCGGAUGAGGAAAUGGUCCUGUGUCCAGGCGAUGAAAAUUGCCUUAUCUUCCCUUAGUCUGCAAAGCUGCUCCCUGUAAGCUGGUGAGGAUCUGCCCCGUGCCCCUGGCCCAGGCUGCCAAGCAGCAUUGCUGUGCCCUGCAGCCCCCAGGCGCUGCCUCCCCCCCAGGAAUGGUGGAACUGGAGACGAGUUCCAGCGUCCCAUAGAAAAGCCCACAGCAUUUCUGAAGCUUUUUAAUUUUGAACACUGUUUCAAAUGAGGCAACUCCAUGUUUUCACUAAAGCUCAUUGUUGAUGAGUAAGCUCCAAAAUCAUUCAGAUCAGAGCAUUCUACCUCUGUUACCACCUGCGUCUGUCUUGUGGUGCCGCCGCCUUUUCUGCCAUGUUUUCCUGCAGUGCACUGAUCAACCGCUGAGCUGCCUUUUCCCUUGUCCUGCAAUGUGAAAGUAGCACCAGAUAUUCCCUGUGCAUUUCUGUGUAUAUGGCUUUCGUAGAUGGGAUUUUCAAAGCACUGAUCCCCAGUGCUUUCGGUUUGUUCUAUGAGGGGGAUAUUUCAUUUGCAUCUAUGUUUUUAGCUAUCCUGUGAUAACUUGUUGAAUAUUAAAAAAUAAAAAUAUUUUGCUUCUAUUGGGACAUUUGUAUACUCGCAACUAUAUUUCUGUAAACAGCUGCAGUCAAGAAUAAAACAAUGAAAGUUUUCA